UUUGUGUUUGAAAAGCGGCAUACAUGCGACCUAUAGCGAUGGCUAGCUAUCAAAUAGAUAAGUUUUCCUAAACUGCCAACCACUUUCGCAGUUUUCUAUGACUUUCCGGACUGAAUAGAGGUGUCUAGUGAAGUGAAAAGCUGAAGAUGAAAGUGAACAGUGAUUUGCAAAAUGAGCGCCGAGGAGCUGGAAUCAAUUCGGAGGAGUUUGCUGUAUUCUGGAAUGAUGGGGCUGACAACUUGAGAGAAAAACGCUGGAGAGAGAAUUACUUCCUCCGCGAUGGAUAUGAGAAGAAGUUCACUGUUCCGGAUAGCUACUUGAGCCACAAGGAGCUCUAUGAGAGAGCUGUGGAUAGGAUGGUACAUCGUUUUCAGAAGUAUAGAGAACUUAAGGGAACAAAACGUUAUCCUGAGACUGACUUUUACGAUAGCGUUAGAUUAUUGGACCAAUCUGGAGUGACUUCUGCCUGGUCACCCUUCACCACUCACCUGUCCAUGUUUGUGACCACAAUCAUGGGUCAGGGAACGCCAGAGCAGCAGAAGAAGUGGCUGGACAGGGCAGCUAAUUGCAAUAUCGUUGGGACUUAUGCUCAAACUGAACUUGGUCAUGGAACCUUUGUCCGGGGAUUAGAAACUACCGCUGAAUAUGAUCCUCAGACUAAGGAAUUUGUCCUCAAUACACCCACGCUCAAUGCAUUUAAGUUCUGGCCAGGAGGAAUGGGAUUGACAGCUAAUUAUGCCGCAGUCAUCGCUCAAUUGUACACCCAGGGCAAAUGUCAUGGAGUUCAGUCAUUCAUUGUCCAACUACGCGAUGAAGAAACUCACAUGCCACUUCCUGGCAUCACUGUUGGUGAAAUUGGUCCCAAACUCGGCAUGAAUGAAGUUAAUCAAGGGUUCCUGGGAAUGAAGAAUGUUCGGAUUCCACGGGAAAAUAUGCUAAUGAGGAAUGCUCAGGUCCUGGAGGACGGAACCUUUGUCAAGGCACCUGUUUCCGUCCUGACUUACGGGACAAUGGUCUACGUGAGGGUACUUAUUGUUCAGGAUAUUUCCAAUAGCCUUGCCAAGGCAGCCACAAUUGCAACGAGAUAUUCAGCUGUCCGAAGGCAGAGUCCCAUAGAUCCCAACGACAAAGAACCUCAGAUUCUGGAUCAUGUGACCCAGCAGAACAAAAUCUUCCCUCUGAUUGCCAAGAGUGUCAUCUUUAAAAUGAGUGGUAAAGUCCUUCUGGACAUGUACCAGGUUGUCCUGCGGGAUAUCGAUGAACAGAAGUUCGAUGGUUUGGCUGAUUUGCAUGCUCUCUCAUGCUGUCUCAAAGCCAUCACUUCACAGGAGACCUCUACUGGGAUUGAGGUUUGUCGUCUGGCUUGUGGAGGACAUGGAUACCUUCAGUGUUCAGGCUUCCCUGGGCUCUAUGGAGUCGUAACAGCUGCUGCCACUUACGAAGGAGAGCAUGUGAUCCUCCUCCUUCAGACAGCUCGGUACCUCAUGAAAGCCGUCCGGAAUCCUGACAUGUCUCCCACUGUUGCCUACUUAAAACGCUAUCCGGACUCCCGGACACUUGGUCGAUGGGAUGGCAGUGCCCAGGGAAUUGCGGAGGCCUUUGAAGCUAUUGCUGCUGCUAAAACCCACACAGCUUUUAACAGUCUCUCCAGGAGGCUACGCGAAGGUCGAAAACCUGGCCAGGCAUCCAAUGAAUCCUCCAUCGAACUCGUUGCAGCUGCCGAUGCCCAUUGCCGCGCCUUCAUCCUCCGAGCUGGCCAGGAAUCCAUGGAACGUGUAACCGGAACCGUUUCUCCAGCCCUGGCAGCUGUCCUAAAGGAUCUGCUGGAGCUUUAUGCAGUGGAUGCUGCCCAGAAGUCUCUCGGUGACCUCCUGCGCUUCACAACCAUCUCGCAGGCAGAAGUGGAGAGGCUCCAGGUGCGCCUGGAAGGUGUCUUGAGUCGCCUCAGGCCCAAUGCUGUAGCCCUUGUGGACGGAUUUGAUUUCCCGGAUGAGGUGCUUCGCUCAGCUCUUGGUGCCUUCGAUGGCAAUGUCUACGAACACAUCUAUGAGGAUGCCAUGAAGAGUCCUCUGAACCAGGAACCAGUCAAUGCAUCAUUCCACAAGUACCUCAAACCAUUCAUGAAGAGUAAUAGAGCCAAGCUGUAAAACUCUUUUAAAACACCUUUGUUAACUUAAUUUUAGGAGAAAUAUUCCUGCGAUUGUUGGUGAAGGAUCCUUCGAAAGGAUUGAAAAUAAAUUGAGGAUUUUGUUUGACAA